CUCUGGGUUCUUCACGUGCGUGCUGACGCAAAGGUGGUUGCGUGCGUGCGUGGUGGCGUAGGAUGAAGGAGGCGGUUGCGGAAAAUGGCGGCGUCGAACAACCCGCGGAAAUUCAGCGAGAAGAUCGCUCUCCACACCCAGAAACAGGCGGAGGAGACGGCGGCUUUCGAGGAAGUGAUGAAGGACCUGAGCAUCACCCGGGCGGCCCGAUUACAGUUGCAGAAAUCUCAGUACCUACAGCUAGGACAGGGUCGAGGUCAGUACUAUGGAGGCUCCUUGCCCAAUGUCAACCAGAUAGGAAGCACCACUCUGGACCUGCCUUUUCAGACACCGUUCCAGUCGUCUGCUUUGGACACGAGUAGAACAACCAGGCACCAUGGUUUGGUUGAUCGGGUCUACAGGGACAAAAAUCGGCUGGGAUCACCACACCGCCGUGCCAUUCCUGUUGACAAACAUGGGCGUCAGGCAGACAGCUGUCCAUAUAGUUCGAUCUAUCUGUCGCCCCCACCUGAUACCAGCUGGAGAAGGACCAAUUCAGACUCUGCUCUGCACCAGAGUACAAUGAAUCCCAUUGCGCAGGAUCCAUUUAAUGGGAGCACCCAAGAAACACAAAAUCAACACAAGCGAGUAUUACUGUUAACGGUUCCUGGGAUGGAGGAGAAUACGUCUGACAAUGAUAAAUCCCUGUCCAAACAGCUUUGGGACAACAAAAAGUCUAUGUCAUCCCGGCCGAAAUCAUGUGAAGUCCCAGGAAUCAAUAUUUUCCCAUCUGCAGACCAAGAAAAUACCACAUCACUGAUUCCUGCUGCCCAUAACACUGGUGGAUCCUUGCCAGACCUCACAAAUAUUCACUUCCCACCACCUCUACCCACCCCAUUAGACCCAGAGGAAUCAACAUUCCCAACUUUGGGCAGCGCAAAUAGUACCGGAAACCUGACGGCAAAUAUGAACCAUCUGGGACUCAGCACUAACAGUCAGGGUUUGACAUCAUCACAAGGGUCACUCCAGAGCCGGCAACCCACAGCAACCCCUCUCACCUUACCAGUCAGCACAGAUUCACGAAGACAGCAGCAACAACUACAGCUGUCGCCAGCUCUUUCACCACUCUCUCCAAUCACACAGGCUGUUGCUAUGGAUGCAUUAGCAUUGGAGCAGCACCUUCCUGCAUAUCCAUUUUUCACACAACAGACAACACAGCCACAGUCACAGAGCUCCAGUAGCCUGGGUCAGAAUACGCAAGUACAGCAGAGCAGUGGGCAGAAGCAGGCAGCCACAGUGCCACAAUCUCCUCCAAUGAACCAAACGCAGGCACCAAUAGGAAUGGAUAUCAGCACGCCUUCCCUCCAGCAGUACCGCAGUAAUGCUGGAUCUCCAGCCAACCAGUCUCCCACCUCUCCUGUCUCCAAUCAAGGCUUCUCUCCAGGCAGCUCCCCGCAAACGUCCAUACUCGGGAGUGUAUUUGGAGAUUACUACGAUCAGCAGCUAACAAGCAGGCAGGCCAAUUCACUGUCACACCAGCUGGAACAGUUUAAUAUGAUUGAAAGCCCAAGCAGCAGCAACAGCCUUUACAACCAAAUUUCGACUCUGAACUACUCUCAGGCAGCAAUGAUGGGACUGACAGGGAGCCACGGGAGUCUGCAUGACACGCAGCUCACUUAUACCAACCACGGAAACAUACCCAAUAUCAUUCUGACUGUGACAGGAGAGUCUCCCCCAACUCUGUCGAAGGAGUUGACCAAUUCACUUGCGGGUGUUGGAGAUGUGGCUUUUGAUACCGACUCCCAGUUUCCUCUCGAUGAACUGAAAAUUGACCCUUUAACGCUGGAUGGUCUGCACAUGCUGAAUGACCCAGACAUGGUGCUGACGGACCCCGCUACAGAGGAUACUUUUCGCAUGGAUCGUCUGUAAUAAGUAACACUCGGACCCAGGACAAAUCGGGGAGGGAGCCAAACCCCACCAGGGAGCGGAAAUCAAGUGACCGAGUACGAUUGGUGGAAUGAUGUUAGCGUGAAAGCGUUACGUGCAAUGAAUUCCGCUUCUUGUUCUGAGCUUGCAGCACUGCAACCCUGAAUGAACCAAGUAUAGCGCUUGCAGCUGUGUGGCGCGCUCCUCCAUUGCAGCGUCUCAUUGACUCCAUUUCAUACCUAGGCCUCUUGUUUUAUUUUCUGUAGCCCUGUUGAUAUUAUCCUCUUGACCAUGGUGGGCUGUAAAUGCAUCACUCUCAUCGGCAGACUUAACAAGAAGAGUGGAAUCAUUCUGUGUGAGGUAACAACAACACACGACAGCUCCAGGCCAACAGUUUGGUGACAUAUGUUACUUAAACCAAAGUCAUCAAGUUCGAGGAUUCCGUCAUUGCAUCGUUGCCAUUGUGUUUCCCAUGCUGCUCAAUUCUUAUUUAUAUUUUUACAUUGUAUGUGAUUUCUCUCCCCUGUCCUGUUCCCUUCACUGUGUUUGUGUUGAGCAAAAGCCACUGCCUUGUUGUAUGUUGCUGAGAUAGUGAUUGAGAGAAUGAUGUGACACGAGCUAAGUGCAUGGACAGAAAUUGUAUUACUGCCAAUGUUCAUGGGGGUGGGGGAGGCAGCUCUCGCUCCCAGUUGCAUCCCUCUCAUUUAUUCCUUUCCAACAGCAUUUGGAAAAAAAAUAGCCUCACAUUUUCUGCAGGUCAGAGACCAGUGUUUGCUGCCAUCUCUCCCUUAGAGGGAAACUGAUUUUCUCACUCUCUUUCAGUAAGAAACUGAUAUUCUUACUCUUCCUCAGUGAGAAAAUAACAUUCUCACAUUCUUGAGAAAUCAAUAUUUUGCUUUCCUGCCCUCCAGAUAUAACAACAAGGUCUAACUUAAGAAGUAUCUGCCCUCCCAACUGGGGAUUGUAACCACCCCUUCCCCAUCUUUGGUAUGUGACAUAUAAAGGGUAUGAACAUUUUUAGGGACAGGAGUGCACUGGAGGGGACUGUGACUCUCUCAACCCCCUGCAUGGGGCCAUAGUUGUAUCCAAGCUUGUCACUGGCCACCUAAACAAGAAAUUCCAAAAUAUUUCAGUUCCAAGAGAGGAGGCUGGCCUACGAUGUCAUAUGGUCAUCCACUAAAGUAAUACACUACUGGGAUUCUUCUCCCAGCUCGUCCACUACAGGUUAAAACUCUGUCAAACUUUUAACUGUUACUGUUUUCUGCAACAGAAACACAAAUAUACUUCAAGACACUAAGGUACUGUUGGUCUGCUUGGCCAACAGCAUAGCUGACCUCCCACUAAAGUCUCUGAGAGAGAACACUAAGUCAUUUUUUCCCUGACACUAAAUACAAAUUAUAUAAAGCCCAGAGAUUGUUUCCUCUGCAAUUGCUAGGCAUUUCAAAGCUAUAGCAGGUUUCUUUCAAUGGUAGGCACUUCUUCGUUUGCCCCAGUUCCUAAUGGACUGUGCAAAAAAACAGUAGACCUGUCCUUUCUCAUGUGGGUUAAUCCUCCAUCUUGCACUUCCUGUUCAUUGAAUGAAUCUUCUGUCGUGUCUUCUGUAACUGCACAAUUCGGCAAACAUUUAUUUGUACUUUAUAAAGGUACUUAGGGAUACGUCCUGCAGCAGUGUAUCGUUAUGUUUACUAGAAGUUGUUUGAAGGGAUAUAGUCCACUGGUUAUAACUCUGCCAGUGCGAAUCCCAGGAAAUGCUUUUCAUGAUACUUUUUAGAUAGUAAAGUUUGGGAGCUGUGUAAAAGCAGCAAGAUUUAAAACUCCCAAGUACAGCAGUUAUUAAAAGCAGAUGGAAGCAUUAAAAAAUUAAUAAGCGAUGGAAUACUGGCCCUUAUCUGAUUGCAGAGAGUCAAAGUGGUUACAACCAUAUAAAGUUCAGAAUGAGAUCCCACCUGUAGUACUGAGCUCGUUUAUGAGCUCCGCAACUCUGGGGAAAAUAGCAACACAGAGUACAAUCUCCAUAAUUGUAGUGGCAUUGAAAGGGUUCAUUUAUGAAGCUGGAUAAAGUUGCUUUGUUUUCCAUAUUCAGAAGAACUGGUGAUCUGAUUGAUCAGUUUGGAAAAUUUGACUGGCUGAAUAGAAAAUGUUUGCUCAGUGGAGAUUUUGCAGAGGUCUAGAAUAAAAGGUCAUAAAUUAAGCCUAGGCUGUUCGGAGGGUAACAUGAAACACUUCUUCCAACUUAGAACAGUGGAACCCUUCCCAAAGGAGCUUUGAAGUCUGAGGUGGAUACAUGCAGCAACAGAUAUUGGGCAGAGGUUAUUAAGUGGGUAGUGAAUCUAUGGAAUUCAUUGCCACAGAUGGCUGUGGAAGCCAUGUCAUUGGAUAUAUUUAAAGUGGAGAUUGGUACUCCAAUUUAACUUGAUUAGUAAGGUUAUCAAGGGAGAAGUCAGGUCAAUGUGGUUGACAGGGAAAUUAAAUCAGCCAUGAUCAUGGGAGCAGACUCAAUGGGCCAAAUGGCUUAAUUAUGCUCCUGCAUCAUAUGGUUAUCAUAAGUGGAGUAAGCCAUGUCCUUAUUGAAUGUGAAUCAGAGUCAAGGUGGUCCUGUUUUAAUACCACUUUUAACAGGUUUUCUACCACACUUUGUGUGGCCCUUGUGUGGUGAACAGUGUGCUCCUAAUCUCUGAAUAGUAGACAUUGAGAUGUGGAAUAUUUUUGUCCUGGUGCUGUAUCUGCCAACAAGUACUGAUCUCAUCCCAGUAGUGUGCCAUUCUAUCUCUCCAUAUCAGUAGCCUUCUCCAAAUACCUGCCCUAAAUUGUGUCUAAACCAGAUUUUAUUUAAUUCAAUAAUCUCUUGAUAGUUGCCUGGUUUAAUGUUGUGGUUUAAUUGCCACUUAACUUUUGAGUCAGCUCCCUGAUUCAUUCCUCAAAGAGGAAAAGAUCAGGUUCCAGCUUAGAUGCCAAAACUAAACCUACUGUGUAAACCACUGCUCUGAUGUGAUGUGGCCACAUUUGGCCAGGAUCUCAGUGCUAUUUGCUGCACAUUUCAGAUUUGUACUGUGACCAGGUUGGUGCUGUGCUGCAUUCCUGCAGUGUUGCAAUGAACUGUGCCUCUCACUCUGUUGUGCCUCUUUGAGCUGCAUCCCUGCAGUGUCACUAUGAGCUGUGCCUUGCUGUGCUGCAUUAAUAGACUGCUGUGAAGCACUGUGCCUCACAGUACUGCAUUGUGACAGUUUGCAAUGUUGUGCCUCGCCCCCUGCUGCAGUGUUGCAAUGUGUUGUACCUCCACCGUUGCUGCAGUGUUGUAUUGUGCUGCCUGACAUUUCCUGCGUUACUGUAGUGUGCUUCACUUCACACUGCAGCAACGCACACUGCCUGGCCUCUGAACUUUUCUCAUUAUAACAUCGUUUGUGCACGUUGGAGAGAAAUUUUUAAGUGCUUCCCCUCACCCCAGGUGGGACUUUAUAAUUAUUAAAACAAAUGAAGCUAAUUAGUCAAGUUUGUGAGGGGAAAGCUACAGCUGUCAACAAUCUGUCACUGAAUAGUUCCAUUCUGGGAUGCGUAUCAUUGGUUUUUAGUUUAAGAUAUCAAAUAGUUAAUAUUUACUUUCUAUGAAUGAGAGCAACAUUCUCAUAAUUUCUUGAAUAAUGCAAAAUUUGAAAACACCUUACAGGUGUUUUAUCAAAUACCUUUACCAUCUGACAGAAUGAAUGGGAACCUGGAAAGGCUGAGACCUAGGCUUGGGAAGCUGGCAAAUGGUUGGAGCAGAUUCUGAAAUAGCCUGAACAUGCUGCAGGGUUCUGAAAAGGAGAACAGAUAUUACUGUAGCAUCAACCUUCUACCUCCUUACACCCUCAGACUAUGUACAUGAGUGAAGCAAAACUAAUCACAGCUUUUACAUGGUGUGUAAAAUUUCUGUGCUGAAUUUGUGUGUGAGUUUCUCCUGGCCAUCCCUCCCUCGAAGCAAUGAAAAUUGGAUAAAGUUCCUUAAUUCAAGCUAGGAAACCCUUAGUGACAUUCAGACCAUUCAUGCUGAUAUCUGUUUCUUUGAAGGCUUGCGCUAAUCAAAUCUCAAGAGUAGAGGCCUAGUGCAACAUACAGGGGAUUCCCUAGGCUGUUGGUGUAGUGAUGAGCUGCAUUAACCAAAUUCCAAGUUCUGAGGUGAUUUGUAUUGACCCAGACCUUGGGGCCCUGUAAGCAGCUGCAUUAAUCCAGAUCCCAGCCCUGUGUGCAGAAGCAUUAAUUACCCCAGGCCUAAAUUUAGUGGGGUGAUACAUCAACUCUCAGAUUUUGUGACCAAAUGCAUUAACUCGGAUUCCAGGCUCUGUGAACAGCUGCAUUCAUGCUGAUGUCCGUUUUUUUGAAGGCUUGCACUAACCAAAUCUCAAGCUCACCGAGGAGCUACAUUAACCCUUGGGAUAAUGCAACUGCUCAUAGAACCUAGACCUUGGGGUCUGUGAGCGAUUGCAAUAAGCAGGUUCCAAGCCUUGUGAGGGCUAUUAUGCACCAAGCUCUUAGGUUUAUGGAGGUGCUACAUUAAACCAGGUCACAGAUUUUGUCAGUGGCUGCAUUAACCCAGAUCCUAGUCUCUGAGGAGCUGUGUUAACCCAGAUUACUGAGAAGAUAUUCUAUACUUGCACUCCUUUGAUGUCCUUGUGAAUUGAGUGAGAGUUAAUCCAGUGGUGCUAAGUAUUAAAGUUCUUUGAUAUACUUGUGGGAAUAAUUACUCUUGUAUUCAAAUGGAUUUUUGUUCUGUAGUUAUCUUGGAGAUUAAUAGAGAAAAGCAAAAUAUUGAAGAUGCUCUCAAAGCAGCAGAGCCAUUAAUUAAAUCGGUGCUUAUGAGAUUUUAUCCUUGAGAUUAUUGUCCAGAAUAGCAAACUAAGGCUUUGAAGCUUUAAGCAAGACAUGGGUUUUAUUGAGAAAUUGUUGAAUGCAUUUAAAUCAUUUGUUAGAAAUUCUUCCUGUUUUGGCUUUACUGCAUGGUUUGUGGAGGGUAUCAUCUGAUCUUUGGUGUUAUGUAAGAUCAGCUGAGAUUGUAAUGAGUUCAGGAUCAAUCAUGGUGUUGCCCCUUGUUCUGUGCGCUGGCUGCAGUUGUUGGUAACUUCUCCAAUUGUAAUCCAGAGCAUUGGUCUUGGUUCUUAAGGAUUAUUGAGAGAAGAUUGUUAUAAUUGAGAGGGAAAAGAGUCAUGGCGAUAUUUUACUGGGACCAAACAUGCAUCAAAGUAUUUAUAUCUAAGUUGUAUCCUUAACAGUUAUUGACACAAAGUAUUUUUUCAUGUCACAAGCAUAUGUUUAAGAAUACAAGUCUGGGAGGGUUACCAUAUUUUGGUCAAGUGCUGUGCUAUGGUAAGUGAAGAAGCAAAGAGCUCGUAUUUAUGCAUUGUCUCCUGAGGACGUGCCUGGCUGUUUCAUAAUUGAGAUUCCUUUUCAAUUCUGAUCAUUUGUUCAGGCACAAGCAGCAGGAUAAAUCUGAAGGUGCCCACCAUGACAAAUACAUGGUGUUAUGGAGUGCACGUUGUUCCAAUAGUUUAGUAAUCACUUCUUACGAGAUGUUGGCUCCCUGUAAAUGAGAGUGUGUUUUGUUAGAAGACUGGUGGAUUGCAACUUACUCAUUGAAAGAAGUGGAGAGAGAUAAGUCUUGGACCUAUAGCCCAGCCAGUCUGAUGUUGAUAGAGAAAACUUCAGACUCUAUAGGCAAGGCCAAAAUGAAUUGUCAUUUGCAAAAGUCCAGGCUAUUAAGUAUGGGAAAUGUUAUUAAAUGCAGAUAUGUUUAUCUAAUUUUAAUAAAAUAACAGUUUGAUGGGGGUGUUAGUUAUGAAUAUGGAGUUUCAGAAGAUAGUUACCAUGUAACUUAAUGAGCUUAAAGGAACAUUGUUUGCAUGAGUACAGAAAGAGAUAUUAGUAAUAAAUGAUGGUACAGAAAUUGAUGGGGACAGUGCAAUGGUGUUUCCCAGGAAUUGGUAUUUGAACCACUAUCUUUUAUGUAAUAAUUAAUCUACUCUUGUAUUCAAAGUACCAUUUCAAAGAUUACAUGUCACAAGAUUGUGAAACUUAUUAAGCAUUGAGGGAGUUAGUUAAAUGCUUGAGAAAAUGCAGACUGGUAAAACGGACAGCCUUAUGUACAUAAAAUUUUAACAGGUAAAAGUGUGAAGUAAUUUAUUUUUAUUGAAUUACGAUGAAAUUUAAUUUAAACCAUGCAGAAUUAAAGGCAAUGGGCGAACAUAAGGACUGGGGGUGUGUGUACACAAAGCACUGAAGGUGACAGAACAUGUUGGCAAAACUGUUUUAAAAAAAUCCCCUCGAUCAUUGGUCUUUAAAAUCAGAGCUAAAUCUUUUAAGUUCCUGGUAACCCAAGAUGGGGCAUUGUGCCCUCAUUUGGACAGUGCACUUUACAAAGGCAGUCUGUGCUUUGGAGGGGAUGUAUCAGAACAGUCCAAUGCAAGAGGACCUUCAGUUAUGUGGGAAGAGUGGUGUUUUCUCAUCAGGGAAGGAUGAAAGGAGAGUUCAAACUAGCAAAGGAUGGAAAGGUCAUGAAGAGCUUAGAUAAGGAGGUGAAAAGGUAAUUGGACAGAAACUUGAAGGAUAAAAUUGCAAAAUUGUGGGUAAGAGCAAGGGAAUGGAAUUAAUUUUAUCUUGGCCAAGCACUAAGACCAGACACAAUGGUCAAAUACCUUAUUGUGUCAUUCAGUUUUUCUGCAAUAUUUGCGGCUGCAGAUUGCAGGUUUAGUGUACUCUGCAGCUGACUCUUAACUCUCCAUAUUUCAUCCAACCGUUAAGAGGUUUGCGGACUCUGGCCUACUCACUCCCAUCACCACAUUCCCAGCCAAUUACAACACAUUCUCUGACGGACUGUGGCUCUGCUGUACCUUAAUGCUGCAUCAUUGUGCAGAGGUCGAUUUGCUACCACUGGUUAACCAGAAGAUUAUAGGCCACUUCAUACAAAAACUCCAAAACUAUGCUGAACUUUGGUAUUCUGAUGUUGACUGUGGUGAUGUAUUUUCUACCUUCAUACCUUCUGUAGAUCCACUGUUGAAAUGCUGAGGCAUUACACACAUUACACUGCAUUAUACAGGGUGAUGCUGUGUGGGGCAGCUCAUUUACACAGGGCCAGCAUGUUGUGUUCAGUGUGACUAAAGAGACAGGCUGUGCCUUUAAAGCCAGAUGUGGUGGACUAUCCUUGUAGACAUGGUGGGAGUAAUUAAUUUCUCAGACUUCUUGUGGUGUUUUUGAAUUAAAUGCAGUCUGGUUUGUACCGGGCUAUAGUGACUUAAACUAUCAGUGAGCAAUUGUUACAGUCCUGAAACCCAGUGUUAAUUUCAAUUCUGUGGCCAGGAUCAAUGGAUGAUGGCUACUGUGCCUAUGUAUUGAGGGUGCUUAAAGUGGAGGAAGAAGGAAAAAGAAACUGUGUGCUGAUUAUUUUCUGAACUGUUUACAUGUUUGUUUUAUAAACCAUUCAAAGGAUUGCAAUAAAAGGGUCGAGGCCUCAAUGGUUAGGUUUAAAAAAAUCAGAGUUGUUUUUUAAUCUGGAUUUACUUCAGAUUGUGAAUAGCUAAUAAAAUAAUUUUGGAACCAGAUGAGUAAAAUGUUUUUGCUUGCCAUCUUGUAUAAAAAGAAAGGCACUCCUAUUGAACCUAAACUGUAAUUUGUGAAAGAAUGGUCAUCAAAAUGGACUGAGAAUGGUUCAAUGCUCUCCUAGAUGCUCAGGUAACAUCAGAAGGCAACUCAUUAACCUCUAGUUUACUGCCCAUCAAUCUAGUUGUGAUCCUUUAAUUAACCUUUUUUGAAUGAUCAAUAAUUAUUCAGUUAAAACGUUUAUCCUGCAUAGUAUCCUGAAAGAUUCUGAAUAACAAACACUCAUGAAGUGGCACUUUACAAUCAGAUCACACUGACGGAGGACCUGUUUGACAUAGCGCUAACCUGUGGCUGCCCUGUCCUCUUGAAUCUUAUAGAGAACUGUGUGUGUACCAGACCCUGUGCAUUUCACACCCUCACUCCCACAAGACAAACUCAGAAAAUGAAUUGGCAGCAAAUCCUUUGUUUUCCCUGGAGAUGCAGCAAAGCAGCUUCCCCCAAAGGGUCACCAAUCAGAUUCCGUCCUCAAACCCGCCAACACUUAUUUAUUUUUCUGAUGUCUUGGUUUUUAUAAAUAAUCUUUGAAAUUUUGAAGAGGGUUUCAGAUGUAUUGCAAACCAAUAACCUGUUAUGACUGUCAAGGAUCUUCAUUUUAAAAUGUAAAUGUUUUUUAAAGUUUAUGUUUGUGUGGAGGCUUCUGUCUUUGUAAAUGAAAUGUAAUAAAAGUUAAACGGUUUUCUGCUUGCA